AUGUCUUCAAGUUCCAAGACCCGACAACCCCGCCUUCGAGCCUCUUGCGAUGGCUGCUUCCUGGCCAAGGUCAAGUGCUCCAAGGCUCGCCCCAUGUGCUCACGUUGCUUGUCGUGCGGCCUGGAGUGCAACUACUCUCCGUCUAGCAGAGCAGGCAAGCCAAAGGCAGACCAUAACUCUAACAGCCGCCUCGUAAAUCUGCAGACCCCUCCGACCAGUAUCUCAACCACUGCGGACGAAAAUGCUGCCUCUCUUCUGCGUGAUAUUCCAGUCACCCACCCUCUUUACAAGAUCGACACAAAUUGGGACGUUACAAUGGACUUUGCCGAUACUUUCUCGAACCCUUUUGGUAGGGGCCCAUCAAACCCUUGCGAGGCAAAUGGCCUCGAUACUCGGGACCCUGGCAACGUCACGAGUAUAUACAGCAACAAUCUGCCGUGGACGCCUCCCAACGACUUUGCGUCGAUCAACUACACCGAUCUUUCCUAUACGGGCACAAACCUGUCAGGACCUCAAAGCCGCUCCGUAUCGAUGGACGACACAACCUCCCAGCUUAAUUCGUGGGUGGAUUCAGUAUCGCGCGAUACACAAUGUUUUAGUACAACCGCUCCGGCGUUGACGCCCGCAAGUAUGAGCUCAAGCUAUUUCCCUAGCCCCUCCUCAACGCCACGAAACGGACCAAGCGCUCAAAGAAAGGUCAGCUCCAAACAUGAUGGUGCAAACUUCUGCACUUGUUUUACAGUCUGCCUUCAGUCGCUCCAGGACAUGCACAGCGCAUCUUCACCCGAUCCACCGCCAUUCGACGUUGUUCUCUCAUUAAACCGCCGAGCUGUGGAUAGCUGUGCUGCUCUGCUCGCAUGCGCACCAUGCCUAAGCCGUUCAGGAACACACACAACUGCCAUGCUUCUUGCGACUAUCAUCGGCAAGAUCACGAGCUUUUACCAGAAGGCAACACAUUCUUAUUUCGAUGGAGGCAUUGAAGAUCGAAUUGCCGGACAAGGCAGUAUGCAUGGUCUGAGCGGCACAGGGGCGAGUCUAGGUAUCAGUCUUGGUGCCUAUACAUUGGGGGGCGAAGACGGUCGCUGGCUUGAGCUUGAGAUUCUCGCUCGCGAGCUACACAAGUUGGAAGAGGUAUACGCUCAGUUCCGAGACGUAUGCGGUGAGCUCACCGACGACGCGGAAGUCAGUCGAGCUAUGAUCGGGUACCUCGGGCACAACUUGGGUACGACUCUCAAGGUCGUAAGCCAUCAGAAGGGUGGAUUGAAACGUGCCUGA